AAAGUUGAGGCCCAAAAUCCGAGAAACAAACAGAUCUUUGAUUGCUGCGAGCGCCGCGAAAGGAUCGAAGAGUAGCGAGGAAAAAGAGAAGAAAAAGAAGAGAAAAUAGAAGGAGGGAAGGAUGGUUCGAGUGGCGACCUACUUCGCGAUGACCUUCGGAGCUUUCCUCUUCUGGGAGUCAAUGGACAAGGUCCAUGUCUGGAUCGCCCUUCACCAGGACGAAAAGCAAGAGAGGCUGGAAAGAGAAAUGAAGAUCAAGCAGAUGAGGGAAGAACUAAUUGCUGAAGCAAAGGAAAGGGAUUCCCUUGCGUAAAUGUUCUCUGUCAUUGUCCUUUUUAAGACGUCUUUAUUUUUCUUUCUUCUGAAGCUUUCUGUAUGAUGAUUAUGUGAUGUUGUCCCAGAGAUAUGAUUGUUGGUUAUGAUCGAGUGCUCCUAAUAAGCUUGAACAAGAUUUUUGUGACUUAUUAUUUGUUGCUCUGCUUUAUUGGAUUCAAAUUAAUAUGCUUGCACUGGAAAUGUUGAAAGUAUAUUCGAGAAUUAU